CCUGAGAAGGGCGGUGCGGCCGGCUCAGAUCAGGACAUGACACCGCCCGCGGAGCGAGAUGAACGGGCCGGCCCGGGGCAGAUGAACCCGGAUGAGGAGGGUGAGGGACGCACCGCUGGCGGCUUCUUUGCGGCGGGGGCUGAGGAGGACAGUGCUGCGUGGAGCCAUAAGACUCAGAGCGAAGCAGUUAAUCAGCUGAAGAGCCUUUUGUUGAAGCAGCGCAGAGAGAUGCCCACUCCUCUCUCUCCGUUAGAGAAUCGAUCUCCAUCUAGGAGAGUGCAGCAGGAGGGCAGGUCCGGUUUGCCGACCUUUCAGGAUUUGGUCCCAAUGGUUCACAACCAGUCAGAGUAUAUUCAACACCUGGAGGCAGAGGUCAAGUUCUGCAAGGAAGAGCUGCAGGGACUGAAACAGCGGAUCACAGUCGUGGUGGUAGAAAAUGAGAAACUGCAUUCUGAGCUCAAGUCAAAAGCUGUGAAUGAAUCCCUGAAAGAUAAAACAGACUUAAACUCCACAGACCAGUUGAAGGGGAUCUACCAGGCCCAAAUUGAAAGUUUGGAGGCUCAGAUCAUCUCUCUCAGAAAAGAUCUGUCAGUGAGCCAGAAGGAGUGUGAGGAGGUGAAGGUCCGUCUGAGACACAGGGAGAAGCAGGCUGCAGAUGCUCAGAGGGCUGAUGGAGCUCCUCGUGUGGCCGGCUUGUGUGUGAAGUGCGCACAGCAUGAAGCUGUGCUGGCUGGCACUCACACAAACUUGCAUGUCCAAGCUAUUGACAGGCUCACAAAGGAGCGGGAUGAAUUAUUGGUGGCUCUGCGAGCGGUGAGAGCAAGUCAGCAGGAGGCACAGCAGAGAGAGUGGUCAGCCUGCCUCCAGGUCAAACAGGCUGUGGAAAUGGCGGAGGAAGCAAAUUUCAGUAAAGCCAGGGUGGAGGUGCAGUGUGAGCAGUUAUCCAGAGAGCUGGCACGACUGAGAGAGCAGCUGGACCGAGAGGCGCAAGCUUUGCAAAAGAGACUGGCUGAGGCCAGAGAGGAGGGCCGAACUGAGGCCCGCAAACAAAAAGAGGAGCUAGAGCAGACGGUAUCCAGCCUCUCCCAGCGUGUGGGGGAGUUGGAGGGUCUGCUGGAUCGAGCUGAUAGAGAAAAGGGUUCACUGACCAACCAGCUUGAUGACACUCUCAGCAAGCUUUCCUGUGAGGAGCAAGAAAAAAACAAGCUCUGUGGUGAUCUGCGAUAUCAGCUAAGCCAGGCCAAACUGAAGAAGGAGGAGGCAGAGAGAGAGCUCAGAGAUUUGAACGCCAGGACCAACAGACAAAUGGAGAAAGCUGCACAGGAAGUGGAAAGGCUGAGCUCAGAGCUGGUUGGCUGUCGGCAGCAUCUGGAGGUGGUCCAAAGGGAUGGGAGCCAAUGGCAGGCCGAAGCCCUGAGCUUAGCAGAACAGCUGGCAAAUGCCCAGCGCCAACUGCACCUCACCAGGUAG